AUGGUGGCAACGGAAGACACCUCAAAUACUGUACCCGGUCAUAUCGAGACGCCCGGUACCUUCGGCAAGUUAAGGCAGACACUUUCGUCUUCUUUACUCACGGCUCAAGACAAAGUGACGAAGCUUGGGCCCAGAUCUGUCCCAGUGGAGACUACAAUAGAAGCCACCCCUGCUCCACCACCCACACAACCGCCACCUCAGCCUGUUAAGACAGAACGCGAAGCCGGCAAAGCGCCAUCUCGGGCCGGAGCAUGUCGCGUGUGCCUAAAAGCGCUAAAACCAGGCGAGGUGUUCCACACAUGCAAUGGCUGUCAGCAUCGUGUUUGUGAGGAUUGCUCUUCCUAUUCAAAACCAGCCAACGACGAUGAUGCGAAUUCUUGGCGUUGUUCUGUUUGCCGACGCAAGGCUGCUCCUAGGCUGCCCCCAGCAGCGCAGGACAGCACAGACUCAUUAUUGGAAAUUCCCGUAUUAGAGGCACUACAGCGACGUCACUCGGAGGCUCGUCUAGGCAGUGGUGGAACCUCCACCGGCCUCGCUCCACCACGUUCGCCGGAGCUGCGACGACACUCCGACGUGUCACCAGCCUCUUUGAAAGAGCUGGAAAAGUUAAAGGGCGGCGGUGGCAGCGUGACGCCGGACGUGGUGUCGAGGCGCGCGAGCACUGUGUCUCCGGCACGUCGCCGCUCAGUGCGUGCACCGCACCAACAUUCCUGUGACGAGGACCAGUCCGCGGCACCCCAAUCUUCCGGGCACGCGUCCGCGCUUUCCGCGCCGCCACCUAUGUCGCGCAGGGCAUCGGCUGUAGACGUUGUGAGCGGCGCGGGGCCCCGUCGUAGCUCAUUCCGUGUGGAAGAACCAACUGACACCUCACCACAAAUAACCGGGCUCAGCGUUGAAGAAGAACGUCCCAUACGUCGCCGUGGUAGUCAGCUGCCAGACAUAGCAGCGUUACAGCAACGUACUGGCGCGCUGAGUGCGAUGGCGGCGCUGGCGUCGCGCGGCUGCGAAGCUGCGGAGCCGAGCUCGGUGUCGGUCGCGGCGGCGGCAGCAGCAGCGGCGGCUGCGCGUCAGAUGUCCGUCGACGCGGAGGCCAUCAAGAUCGUCAUACAUGACGUCGAUGACCGUACGCCGCGCCGCGUCACGCUCCGACGUGACCCUAACGACAAGGGGCACCGGUCCCGAGGAUUCGGCAUGCGAGUUGUCGGUGGCAAGCCGGAUGCCAGCGGACGCCGGGAGGCCAUUAUCGUUUGGACUGUGCCUGGCGGACCGGCUGACCUCGCUGGGCUGCAGCAGGGUGACAAGGUUCUGGAAUGGGGUGGAGUGCCGCUGACGGAGCGCAGUUUCGAGGAGGUGUGCGCGGUGCUGGAGCGCGGCGGCGACACCGUGGAACUUCUGGUGGAACCCGCGCCGCAACUUGACGACGCACCCACGAUGCCCGCGCAUCACACAUCACACCACCACCACUCUCUCUACGAACCGGAUACUGACAAAACGCCAUCGUCGCCAACCCGACGGAAAUUGCCGAAAACCCCGGAACAAGAGCGCAACGAGCGUGCUCGAGAGCGUCUGCCAGCUCGCGCUCAACUUCAAGUGUGGUUCGAGAGUGAACUGCGCAAACUCGUGAUUGUCCUGAGCGCUGCCGACGACUUGCCACCUCGUGAUCACACCCUCGGCUACGGAGACGAGCCCGAGGCUUUCGCGCGAAUACGUCUAUUGCCAUCACUUGAGAGCUGUCCGCCAGUUGAAACCGACCCUGCAUCAGCAUCAUGCAGUCCAGUUUGGAACGCUACUCUCGGAUUUGGUGGAUUGACGGCUGAUCUGCUGGCUGGUCGCGCGCUCGAACUUACACUUUGGGAUGCCUGUCCCGGCAUCGAUCCCGUUCUCAUCGGAGAAUGUACUAUGGAGCUGGAGAAGGCAUUUACGGAAGAUCGUGCUGUAUGGUGGACAUUAGAGGAGCGGGGCACGCGGUCGGCUAACGCAUCGCCGCGUGGGUCACUAGCAGGUGCGCGUGCCCUCCGCCGUGGAGACUUUGCCUCGCAGCGCUCCAUCUCCGAUGACGUAGACUCAAUUGGCGAGUGCGCAUCCUUGCUACAUCCUGACCAUGCGUGGGUAGCGGGCUCAAGACGAGGCUCUUCGCAAUCUGAAACACUCGAAGUUGAAGUUUAUCAACUGGGAAAGGACUUCUCCCGUUCACUGCCUGGAUCUCGUCGUUCUUCAUUCCAGCAACAAGAUAAAGUGCAUCCAGUUUGGACAUUUAAACAUUUCAGUAACAUGUUUGCUGCCAUAAUAGUACAUGCAGCAACGAAACCAAUUUAA